GAGCUGCAACAGUUCCUCGACUCCGAGCAAGCCAAGGCCCGCGUCCAGUCGUCCAUCUCUCACUUCACCGAGCUCUGCUGGGACAAGUGUCUAGGCACCUCCACUGGUGGAAUCUCCACCAGCUUUGCAAGGGGACAGGAGGCUUGUCUGGCUAACUGUGUGGAGAGGUUUUUGGAUACUAGCAUCUUCCUCGUGAAGAAGCUGGAAGAGCAAAGGAAUCAUCUAUAG